GGGCCAACAACAACACAAGCACGAAUCUCCCUAUCACCCACACCGGGGGCUCAUCUAACAACAGCCCUCAUUCCUAAUGCGCCAUCUUUAGGAGCUCACCAUGUGUAUGAGAGUGGUUCGAGUCUUUCGCGGCUGUUCUAUUCCAAGCCACGCCGAGCUCUUAGGAUUUGAUUUCUGCAGCAUGGACCAUUCCUUCCCCGAGCACAGACUGGAGUAUUACCAUGCCGAGGACUCUGGCUUCCCAUGCCCGGCUUGUGAAAAGGUUCUAGGGAACGAGGCCAACCCUAACGGUGUCCACUGGUAUGCUCCAGUUGACCUUGUCAUCAAGCCUUUCCCCACCACCGGCAAGCCGCAAUAUUUCUAUCUUGUCGAGACACCAGAGGGCUGGAAAGGCGAGGAUCUGACACCGAAACCCGACAUGCUUGCUAAAAUGACAUGCAAGCCAAAGAAACCUAAACCGAAGCAGACAGGUCGUAGCUCAUCGCCUGAGCGCAGUCCGUUGUCGUUGUCGGCCUUGCAUUCAUUCUUCUACUGCCCAUUGGACGCAGCUGGGGAGACACCGCUCUCGGAGAGUAACGGCCAGCGCACUCACAGGAGUAUGUCAAUCUUGUCGCAGAAUUGCAGCCUCGACACUACUAGUACCAGUGCCCGAAGACAGCCUGCUUCGUCUCAGGGCAAGACCAGCGAGAGUGUAGGACUGGCCGAGGCACGGAGCGAGAGCAGCGGCACCAGCAAGGAUGCCUAUGGGACAGGCUGGAAAUCUAAGAUCGAUUCCGACGGAGGUAGUUCCGAGACUCCAAAGGCGAGCGCAUUCCGGCCAGUGUUUCCCUGCGUCACUCCUGAUGUGGAAGCACAUCGUCAAGUUAUUGGAGAGCAACUCAAGCACCUUCCGAACACUGCACAAUGUCAACCAGCCCGUGCUAAUACAUGCCAAGAGCACCGAGCUCCGUGGUUCAAACCGAGUAAUGCUAUGGAAUCUCGACCACUUAGCUCAAUGGGGCUGCAAGCAGCUAGGAGUAGCCCAUGGGCUGGUGGCAUCUUCUAUACACAAGCUUCCUCUCUGGAUGUCUCUGCACAUGCACAGCCCAACGCUCUGCAUCAGGCCCAGCAUGUGACAUUUGAUAAUUGGGGCGGUCCGAUGAACAGUCACUAUCACAAUACGGAGAUGCAUCCCGGUUUCCGGACUAUGAAUGGUAGGGUAGGUCAGCCAGGGGCGCAGUACAGCAGGCAAAUGGUAGAUGGAUAUUACAAUGUAGGAAAUACCUACACAGCUCCACACUGACUGAAAUCUCCAGAUUUCCUCCACGGGCACACAACACCAGUUCCCUUCUCGCAUACCAAUGCCAGCGGGCCACAAUGUUAGUGCUCAACCCACACGAACGGCCAUUUGCUCAUACUUCCAGGGAC